GUCAUCCAACAUGGCGGCCUCCAUACUGAGCAGGAGGACAGCGGUCUUAUUCGACAUUACUAAAUUAAACUCCCAAAUAAACUUUUUGCCGGCUGUCGUCCAACAGAUCGCGAAUUAUAACCCCAGACCGCUGUGGCUGAAUAUCAAGAAUCCUUACAUACCUGAUAAAAGCAACGAGAAGACGCCCGACUGGCAGAAGACGGACAAGUAUGAUCGCAAACGGUUCGGCCGGUACGGACAGGCGUCCGGAGUAGACCCGGCCCAACUCUGGCCGUCUCAUGCCCAACUGGAGGAGAUGAUCGGCGAAGAGAGAGAGUGGCACCCCCCGCUGCAGGUGAUGCUGGGAAACAUCGCAGCCAAAGAGAAGGAGAGGACUGCGAAACGGAUGGAAAGAGAGAAGAUAAUCGCCGCCAACAUGGCCAAGAUGCCCAAGAUGAUCGCUGACUGGAAAAAGCAGAAGCAAGAAACCAAACAGAAGCAGAAAGAGGAGAAGGUUAAAAGGGAAAGACUGCUGGCCGAAGCGACCGAGCGUUUCGGACACGCCGUGGACCCCCGCAGUGCCAAGUUCAAAGAGAUGGUGGCUGAAAUAGAGAAAGAAGAGAAAAAGAAAAGGAAACUUCUGAAACGCAAGAAGAGAGAAGACGAUGCCGGCUUGUCUCCUGCAGCGGCUGAAUCCAGCCAAUAAU